AUAGGCAAGGAAAACGCUACGUUAUCUACAAGGGAUCUCGAGAUGUAAGGAUAAACUUACCUUUAGACAAGCUUCUACUGCUCUUGAAAGAUUGCAUUUUUGGAGCAAAAUCCAGGCGGAAAUCAAUAGUCGUCGCAUGUGCAUGGUCAAAGAAAGCCGAGUAAAGCAGUUGAAACUUGAAGAUCGGUUGAAAGUUGAGGCCAAGCUUCAUGAACUUGAGAUGAAAUGGUGUGAUGGGCCUAAGACAAUGGUGGAAACCACAUUCAGGAGGAUACAACAAAGAGAGGAAGCAAAUAACAAACGUGAACGAGCAUUAGCAUAUGCAUUUUCUCAUCAAUGGAGGGCUAAUUCAAGUCGAUAUUUUGGCCAAGCUUAUUAUGAUCUAAGCAAAGAAAAUUGGGGUUGGAAAUGGACUGAACGAUGGAUUGCGGUAUAUCGAUUAGAGGCUCAUGUUGUUGUUCGGCCCAUUGUUUCACUAAAGACCAGACAACCGAAGAAACCAUGUGAAAGAACAAAGAUAGAGGUUGGAAAUGAAAAAUCAGAUAAUUAAUAAGUUAUUGCGUAUGAAAGAGAUCGCAUGUUUGGUGUUUUCAUGACAUGUCCCUUUCGGUAGUACAUAGUGAAUGGGUGUGAAUUAUUUAUGCUUUUUGAUUUAUUUGUUUAUAUUUUAUUGUAAGUAAUUUUAAUUUUUUUUUUGGAACCAAAAGUAAUUUUAAUUGAUUUUGGAAGGUUUCUAUGACAUUCUUCAGUUUUGUAAAUGAUAUUCUAAACUUUAAAAGCAUCUUUAUUGGAAGUAUCUUUUUUGUAUGAAUAAUUAAUAGAGUUGCUAUUUUCUUUUUGUUUUUUUCAUUGAUAAAUCUAUUGAAUGCUUAUUUUACUUUUAAGUUUUGUACAUAUAAAUCCUUUUAAUUCAAAAAUAGCUCAUUUCGCAUCCUU